UCGAUCGCGGACAAGGUCCUCGCGCGUUUCUUCCUUUGGUCCCGGCAGGUCGGUAAGGAUUUCGCCUCUUACGGUCUUCGCUCUCGGCGAACGAUCGUGGGGAGAACGUCCUUCCCGGACGUUCCUCUCUUGCGAAGGAUGUGUACAUCCGAAGCUGUAGCUACAUAAGCUGAGAAGAACAGAAUUCGGGGUUACUGUGUCAAUUACGGGAUGGAGCUUCUAGGCCUUUUUGUUUGAUCAUUAAAAGAAUCGGAUUUUCGACGGAUUAAAAACGAAAAGAUAUGGCGAACACGGCUCAUCUCGUUCGCCGGCAAAGCUCCCGCGACCUGAAGCCACAGAAAAGCGUCGAUAAGCUCGAGAUGAAAGAGAUGCGUGGUAGAUUGGUGGUGGAUAAUCGUAAAAGCACCACCGCUGUUAAUUACGGGGCUACUAACGCGGCUUUUGAAGACAGCAGUCCUAACAAGAGCAAGAUUGUAAACGGUCCGGGACCCGGUAACAACGACGGCAAGGCAAUUUUUCGGCCGGAAGCGGGUGAAGAUGAGCGCGAAAAUUGGGACAGCAAGUUGACUUUCCUUCUGGCGACCGUUGGAUACGCGGUGGGCCUUGGAAACGUAUGGCGGUUUCCCUAUUUAGCUCAGAAGAACGGCGGGGGCGCAUUUCUCAUACCGUAUUUCGUGAUGUUGGCCAUCGAGGGUAUUCCUAUAUUUUACUUAGAAUUAGCAAUCGGUCAGAGACUGAGAAAAGGCGCUAUCGGAGUGUGGAAUCAGGUAUCGCCGUACAUGGGCGGUAUCGGAAUCAGCAGCGCCGUAGUUUCCUUCAACGUGGCUCUAUAUUACAAUACUAUUAUCGCCUGGUGCCUAUUUUACUUCGUUCAGAGUUUUCAGUCGCAGCUACCUUGGGCGGAGUGUCCCAAUAAGUACUUUCAAAAUGGAUCUUACGCGUCUGAACCCGAAUGUUUGGUCAGCAGCCCGACGCAAUACUUCUGGUAUCGUACCACCCUGAUGAUAUCCAAGGACAUUAACACGCCGGAAGUGUUCAACUGGAAGAUUGCUCUGGCGCUGAUCAUCGCCUGGAUUCUCGUCUACAUGUGUAUGAUCAAAGGUAUCGCAUCCUCGGGCAAGGUUGUAUACGUGACCGCUACGUUUCCGUACAUCGUACUCAUAAUUUUCUUCUUUCGAGGCGUAACGUUAAAGGGCAUGUCGGACGGUCUGCGACAUCUCUUCAUGCCAAAAUGGUGGACGUUGACCGAUCCGGUAGUCUGGUUAGAGGCCGGAACGCAGAUCUUUUUCUCCCUGGGCUUGGCUUUCGGCGGUCUGAUAGCGUUUUCUUCGUACAAUCCGGUUAAUAAUAACUGCUAUCGCGACGCCAUCAUGGUCAGUUUCACGAACUGCUUCACAUCCAUGUUCGCGGGAAUCGUUGUCUUUUCAAUCAUAGGAUUCAAAGCCACCAUGGUUUACGAACAAUGCUUAUCGGAAAGGAACAACACGCUGAUGAGCAUAUUCGGCCAUCCCGAUAAGAUACCGGAAAAAAUACCGAUUAGCGGCACUCUGCUAAAUUUUACGGACGGCAAUGGGACGCUGGACAAUUUGAUAAUGCCGGAAUUGCCCGAGUGCAAUUUGGAAAAAGAGUUGGAUAACUCAGCAUCGGGCACAGGUCUGGCGUUCAUCAUUUUCACCGAAGCGAUCAACCAGUUCCCCGGCGCGCAAUUCUGGUCGGUAUUAUUCUUUCUGAUGCUGUUCACGUUGGGUAUCGAUUCCCAAUUCGGUACGCUCGAGGGUGUCGUUACCAGCAUCGUCGACAUGAAGCUCUUCCCGAACUUGAGAAAAGAAAUUCUGACAGGAGCGAUUUGUCUGGUGUGCUGCAUAAUCUCUAUGGCCUUCGCUCAUGGAGCUGGUAGUUACGUUUUCGUGCUGUUCGACAGCUUCAGUGGAAACUUCCCGUUACUCAUAAUCGCAUUUUUCGAGUGUAUAGCAGUGUCCUAUGUUUACGGCUUGAAAAGAUUUGCUGACGACAUUGAGUUGAUGACCGGCAAUCGGCCUGGUCUCUACUGGCUGAUAUGCUGGAAGUAUCUCAGCCCAUUGGCGAUGCUGAGUAUCCUGAUUGCGUCCUUCGUUGAGAUAUUCUUCGAAGGAAGCGGUUAUCCGGCUUGGGUAGCGAGUAAAGGCAUCACGGAGAGACAUGAAUGGCCUAUCUGGGCUAUGGUUUUGAUUGCGAUUCUCAUUCUCACCUCUGUUUUGUGGAUACCGGCAGUUGCUAUUUGCAGAUACUUUGGAAUUCUUAUUAUUGACGACAACGAAAAAGCUUGGUUCCCCGCGGCGGACUUGAAGGAGUUUCACGGAAUUAUGCCACACGAAGUAACAACGGCUGAGACAUUGCUGUUUUGCAUCAGAAGCGACGGUUCCGAAGGGCUGUGCUGUCCUACGGGCGGUUCCAGCGACGAUGAGGACGAGGAUCUCACCUAGGAUCGAUCUCGAUCGCGACGCGCGUUUCCGUGGAUUAUCUCGACUCGAGAAAUGCUCCACUUUAUUCUAUGACGACCACUCGCGACCGUACAUUCUUGGUCAAAAGUGGCUGUUAUCCGUUUUGGUGAACUCGGUCGAAUCGUAGUAAACGCAUCCGCGUGGUAGGAUCUUAUCUUAUCUAUUGUGUCAAUUAACGUAUAAAAGCUUCGGCGUCGUUAGGGGUCGUUUUCUUCACGGCGCAAAAAGACGGAGAUACAUUUUGUGAACUAGAUUUAUUUUAUUUGUUUCUUCUCCUCCCUAACUUCAACAGUUAUUAGUUGUUGGAUACAAAGUUUCUUUUCAAAGUUUGAAACUUCUCUGAUUAACAAAUCUAUAUACAUCAAGUGUAUCUGCAAGUAACACUGAUAAAGGAGCGAAUUUUGAGAAUGAUCCUGAAUGCAUCUCCGUCUGAGAGAUAUAGUGCGUUUGCGACUUUGAGUUUCUUUUAAGUGACUUUAUAAAAUUAGCUUUCGAAGCUUCGCGGAUACCAAAAACUAUUACGCAAUCGUCUGCACGAGCAAUUUUCGAGCGAGCGGCAUAAUCGCGCGUCGCGUGGACGGAAACGAGAAAUAGGGCGAUCUUUUGCGGAAGGAUCUCCCAAUUAUACAAGUUAAUAUGAUGAAACAUUUACUCUUUAGUGAUUGCGAUUACCGUCAGAUUUAAUAAGAUUAGCGGUAGGAGCCGUCCAGUGGACUUGGGUGGAUGUGCCCGAAAUGUUUUAGAUAGAUAGCGUUGGAUCAGAACAUUCGGAUCCUUAGAUCCGCGAAUAUUUGAUAAUAUAUUCAAUACUUCAAGACUCGACAGGUUUGUGGAUCUGUUAACCGCACUAUGAAUAAUUGAAAAUUUAACAAAAGUAUAAGAUAACAAAGGUACUUAAAAGCGUACAAAACUCUGUAGAAUCUAAGAAUUUUCAAGAAUAUUAAAAUAUCUAAGUGUCCAAGGAUGUGUCAGAUCUAAGGAUCCAGGAAUUUACGGAUGGAUCGUGGAUUACAAUAACGUGUGACAAUAAUUUAGGCUAAAAAAAAAUACGAUAAAAUUAUUGACAAUAAAUAAUCGGACUAAAUUAUGCUUGACAAUAAACACUGACUGACGUCGCGGAAUGCGACGUGCGAGAAACAAAGUUAGAGGAGACAAGAUUGAUUCGACAGAAUUAAGUGUUUCUUUGAACGAAGAGGAGAUUAUCAUCCUGGCCACGUAGGUUACUCAAUUAAUUAGUUUCUCGUAGGUCAAUUAUUAUUCUGUUUCCAAGCCUGUUGCGCGUGUUCAACUUCGACCUGUGACAUAUAAAUGCAAAAUAUUACAUAUAUUAUAUAUAAACAUAUAUAUACACACAUACAUAUAUAUUAUCAAAACUAGAUGUAUCAAAGUGAAUGUAUUGUUGUAUUUGAUCAGAGAAAUCAGACAAAAAUUCAGGUCGAAAAUGAACAUUGAAGAUGUCUCUAUAUCUUCCAUGUGAAACACAUUCUUGUUCAAAACCUUUCUCUUUUGUGACAAUACUCAGAUGGCCUGAUAUAUCUUCCGAUGAUACUUCGAAACUCAACUCUUUGCACUCUGAAUACCUUUCCGUAAACGAAAACUGAUCGAUAUUUAUUUUAUAUGUCGACAAUGUUAUCAUAUCUCAAGAUAGAAGAACUUCCUGCAGUAAUACAUACAGCAAUACAAAUACGAGCUUCUUGCUCCGCUAGAUUUACAAAUGUGAUUUUAUAUAGACACACAUAUUAUAAAACGAGAUAUUGCAGUGCAAAGAGUUAACGAGUUAAUGACUAAUCGGUUGUGGAGAGUAUUCGCCUAAAACGUACAAAUGUUAGUAUCGACAAUAAGUAGAAUUUCGUUUUUUUUUUCGAGUUAUUUACAUAUCAGUAAGCAAAAAACACACGUAACUGCGUUAGCAAUCGAGUAUAAAUUAGUUAAGCAAAUAAGUAAAAAAAUUGAA